UCCGAACCGGUUCAAGGAACGAAAACGAAAACCGAAAACGAACGGAAUUUUACGAGGAACGGAAACGGAAACGAAAACGAAAUGGUCUUCAACUGUUCCGGAACAGAAUUGUUAUUCUGAAAUCCACAAAACCGGUUAAUAACGUUUUUUUUCGUUCUCAAAACUUUUAUAAAAUUUCACAAAAGCAUAGCCUUUGUCAGGGGAAAAAAAGACUACUUCCGGUUGAACGUUCACUUCGCUGCCCGCUAGGCUCAAUGCAGGCUGCUGUCACAAAUCACACCCCAGCGAGAGGCGAUGCUUUUGAAGCUGAGCUAUAUAAAACAUCAACAAAGAUGGGACGGAACCAGGAAAACCCGAUGAGAAAACAUUUCUCAUUUAAUGCGGCGUCCAACAAAUCUACCUGCCAAGUCGAGGGCUGCGGGAUAGAAAUCAUUGGGAAUCACGGCGGCAACCUGCAGAGACAUAUUCAAAGACGACAUCCAGAGUUGUUCGAGAAGUCACUACAAGACCUUCAAAAUCCAAACAAGAGGCCAGCUGCGGAUGGGCAAAAUACUUUGGACUCGGUCAUAGUGAAAAAGCCCAGACAGGUCCAAGUGGCAUUAACCCCUGAAACCCUCAAAGAGGCGUGCUUAGAGCUAGUCACGGUUAACGGUAGACCCUUUUCAUUGAUGGAAGAUUCGGGAUUUAGAAAAAUAAUCGACCCAAUACAGAACGCCAUGGGGAAAAAUGUUACAAUCAAUUCAUCGAACAUUCGUGAUAUGGUGUCAGAGAUUGCUCAGGACGAAAGGGAAAAGCUCGAGACUGAACUGAGCGGGAGGCUUCUGAUGCUGAAAAUAGAUUCUGCAACAUGUAGAGACCGGUCUGUGCUGGGUAUUAACGUGCAGUACUCUGACGGAAAGGGGGUUGUGUUGCGGACCCUGGCAGUGAGAGAUCUGACAGAACGGCACACGUCUGAGUACAUAUCAUCUGUGGUGAUGGACGUCUUGCGUCAAUAUAACAUUAGCUUGCAACAGGUGUAUUCAGUCACUUCUGAUAAUGGGGCGAAUAUGCUUAAAGCCGUGAGCUUACUGUCAGAUAUCCAAGAGAGAGCUCUGAGCAACGAAGAUGCAACCUGCGAGGAGACAGAGGAGAUCGGGGAGGAUGUGGAAAUGGUUGGGGAGGAUGAGGGGAGCCAGGAGGAGCCAAUCCUUCAACUCGAUUCUGUGUCGCACGGUCAUGUGUUGCGUAGUGUAAGAUGUGCGGCGCAUACUCUACAGUUGGCCGUUGACGAUUCAUUAAAACAAGCGUCCAACAUCAUAGCAAAGGCAAGACGUGUAGCAAAACGAUUGCGCUCGCAGAAUGUGGUGUGUGUUCUGAAGAGAAUGGGGCACAAGAGAGCAAUUGUGGAUUGUGCAACUCGCUGGCACUCCACUCAUUUAUUUGACAAUGACGCAUUCAUAGCUGCUGUAUUCCUCGAUCCUAGAUAUCGAUUGUUUUUGACCGAAUGUCAGACCGAGAAGGCGAAAAUACACCUGUACCGUACAUGGGAGGCAAUACAGAACCUAGAACCACGCAAUGCAGCCAGCGGCUCCGAUGUGUGCGCAGCAGCCUCCCCUACUCAAUCUCAGACAUCAUCUGACGACGAAAUCGAGCACCUUUUGAUGGAAAAAGAGAGAGACACCAGCUCAACACAGCGACACCCCCACGUCUCCAUCGUGUCACUCUUGGAUACAUACUCCAAAGAAGCCCGUCUAAGGCGCACCGAAGAUCUGUUUCAGUACUGGGCUAGGUAUUCUGUAUCCAACCCCGACCUGUACAAGCUCGCUAUGAGCGUCAUCCCUCUCCCUGUCACGCAAGUCAGUGUCGAACGGGCAUUUUCGAGUUUGAAAUUUAUUCUUUCCCCGUUAAGAUCAUCAUUGAACGAAAAGGUGCUUGAAGACAUUCUGCUGGUACGUCUGAAUAAACAGUAUGGACUGUAGCAGCCAGUCACCUCCUCCCAAGCCUGAGCACAAUUUAAACUUGUUUUAUUUCAGAUAGGCCUACCAAUGUGUUCUGUUCAUAAUUUGAUUGUAGGCGAAUAAUAAUUUGAUUUCUGCACUUUGUAAAAAACGAAUAAAUGGACCUUUGGUCCAAAUGUGUAUAUUUUGUCUUGCUGUUGUAAUGUAGGCCUAUCCUAUAGUCUGCCACUUCGGAUCUUAGGCCAGCUCGUAGCAUAGGCCUAAAGUGAAAUUGAUUUGGAAAUUGUAGGCAUAACAUAAUAGCCUAUUUUGCCUGUCCACGCCUUGUCGUUUUAAAGUCGGGAUUUUAAGUGUUUGCGCAAUUAUAGGCUAUGUAGAGUUAAAUAGGAAAUUGGAGGUAUAUUUGUCAGCAACA